ACCCCGGCCACCGCGCCCUCUACGAGCAGCACAGCGACGAGCGUGCCUUCCCGCCCUUCGACAAGGAGGCGAUGCCGCAGAACGGCACGGGAAUGUACCCUCCCUACGACCAGAAUGGCUACCUGCACAAGCCGGGCGGCCAGCAGCGCAUGCUGCACGCAAGCACGCCAAUUGAGUUCGGCGCCCGCCCUCCGGCUGACAGCCCGUCACACAGCCAGCACUACUACGCCCACGAGAGCGUGGCACCGCCGCCGCAGCCGACCUACUACCCGCAGGAGACGAGUCUGUGCCGCGGCCAGCCGGCGUACUACGCGGCCCAGGCGGGCGCCGGGCAGCCGGGAUACCCGGCGCCCGAGGCGGCGCCGUCGCCGGGCCUGGCCCACCGACCCAGCUACUACUCCCAGGACGUGAGCGACACCUCGAGCGCCUCACAGAGGCUGAGCGGCGCGCCGUACGACGAGACGGUCGGCAGCGCCCCUGGCGGCCGUACCGGCCUGGGGCGGGGCCGGGCGCACGUGGACCGGUACGCAGACCCACCGCGACCCUCCUACGCCCAGGACGUGCAGAUGAAACCGGGGACCAUGGCGACGCCCGUGUGA